AUCAGUGGCUGGCUUUUUGGACUGUAGCACGAGUUUCCGUUUCAUGGUUUAGAAAAAAUCAGAGAGUGCACCGUCAGAGUGAACGAGUGGUACUAUUGUUAUCAGUGACAGCAAAAAAGUAAAUAAAAUUAUCUUGACAGGUAACCUCACCUUGAACUAAUCAAUCGGUAAUUUUGUCAACAAAUUAAAUAUUGAUUCAUUAUAUUUUAAUAAAACAACAUUUAAUGUUGUGUGUUAUAUUAUUUUAAACAAACUACGUGCAUUUAUAGUUAAUUUAAGAUAGUUGAUGAGUUAAAAAUCUAAUAACAUGUCAUAAAAAGUAAAACGGUUUAAAAAAUUGAUUUUGUGGGAAAAACAGAAUGGGCAAUACCAGCAAAAAGCUGGCAGCAAAAUGCACUCUCCUCACAAAAGAAGAGCCAAAGUAUGUAGCGGCAACAUUCAGAGCAGCCAGCAAGAACUCAGAGCGUAUUCGAGAGGAGGACCUCAUCGUGAGUGGCAAAAUAGACCCAGUGUCAUUAGAAAAAUUCUGGGGUCCGCAAAUAGAUCCCCGGCUGGCGCAGUACCUCACCAACUUCCUGUUCGGCUCGGGCCCACAGAAGUCGCCCACGGUGGACUUCAAUCGCUUCGCGGAGCUGUACGUCUAUAAUGUACGAGGUACAGUAGAAGAAAGAAUGAUAGUCAUAUACAACUGUCUCGGUAUGGAUUAUAACGAGGAUGUGGAACUGCCUUAUCAGCUAUUAAAAGAGUAUUGCGAAAGCAUAGUAUCAACAUACAUAAAGAUGGUGAAAUCGUCCUCGUCCAAGCGUGUUCGGACGUGGCAGGACAAGGGGUUCAGGGCUAGCGCGUCCAACGUGCAGGCACUAGGCGAGGCCGUAGCCGCCACCGUCGGCGGGGACUUGGAUUCUCCGCAGCAUCAUUGUACUGCUGCACAGUUGACUAAAUGGUUACAAAGCAACGUCCUUCUGAAGCAACUGGCUGAGCUGGUGUACGUGAACCUGUACGGGAUCAACAAAAAAGCGGGAGACGAGAGCCCCACGCCCCUACCGCCCGCGGCGCCAUCUUUACUGCCCGCCUCUGAUGGUCUAGAAGCGAUGCCAGACUACCCCGCGUUCAUAGAUCUGUCUCACAUCGUGUGGAUAAACAGCCAUCUGCCGCAGCAGUACCAGCACAAGUGGCGGUUCCUCUUCUCCACCAACAUACAUGGAGAAUCAUUCUCCACCAUGACCGGUAGAAUCAUAGACCAGGGCCCCUCAGUGAUAAUCCUGGAGGAUUCGUCGGGGUACAUAUUCGGGGGCUUCGCCACCGCGUCGUGGAGCUUUGGGCCCAACUUCACGGGCACGGAUGACUCCUUCCUCUUCACCUGCGCGCCCAAAAUGAGGGUGUACCCCGCCACCAACUAUAACGACCAUUACCAGUACCUCAACCAUCAUACGAAAACGCUGCCCAAUGGAUUGCUCAUGGGAGGCCAGUUCCAGUUCGGUGGCAUCUGGGUCAGCGCUGAGCCCUUCGGCGAAGGAGCCUCGGCGGAGUCCUGCAGCACCUUCCGAGGGUACCGCCGCCUCAGCAAAGAGCCUACAUUCCGGAUCCGCAAUCUGGAAGUUUGGGGAGUUGGAGACAAGCCGGCCCUAGAUAAAGACGAGGAUGAACGGGACAUGAGCAUUCUGGACACGAACCCCGACGCGAAGGCGAUCCUCGAGAUGGCGGGCCGCGCGCGUCACAGCGAGGGCCUCCGAGAAGAGCCGCCGUUAUAAA